AUGGAAUAUGCAUGUAGUGUGCAGAGUCAACUAACUCAACAUGUCAGAACUCACACAGGAGAGAAGCCAUUCAAAUGUACCUGGUGUGAUUACAGAUGUAGUGUGCAGAGUAAUCUAACUAGACAUGUCAGAACUCACACUGAAGAGAAGCCAUUCAAAUGUACCUGGUGUGAUUACAGAUGUAGUGUGCAGAGAGAGAAGCCAUUCAAAUGUACCUGUUGUGAUUACAGAUGUAGUGUGCAGAGUAAUCUAACUCAACAUGUCAGAACUCACACUGAAGAGAAGCCAUUCAAAUGUACCUGGUGUGAUUACAGAUGUAGUGUUCAGAGUAAUCUAACUAGACAUGUCAGAACUCACACAGCAGAGAAACCAUUCAAAUGUACCUGGUGUGAUUACAGAUGUAGUAUGCAGAGUGUUCUAACUAGACAUGUCAGAACUCACACAGGAGAGAAACCAUUCAAAUGUACCUGGUGUGAUUACAGAUGUAGUGUGCAGAGUCAUCUAACUCAACAUGUCAGAACUCACACAGAAGAGAAGCCAUUCAAAUGUAUCUGGUGUGAUUACAGAUGUAGUGUGCAGAGUGAUCUAACUAGACAUGUCAGAACUCACACAGGAGAGAAACCAUUCAAAUGUACCUGGUGUGAUUACAGAUGUAGUGUGCAGAGUCAUCUAACUAGACAUGUCAGAACUCACACUGGAGAGAAACCAUUCAAAUGUACCUGGUGUGAUUACAGAUGUUGUGUGCAGAGUCAUCUAACUAGACAUGUCAGAACUCACACUGGAGAGAAGCCAUUCAAAUGUACCUGGUGUGAUUACAGAUGUAGUGUGCAGAGUCAUCUAACUACACAUGUCAGAACUCACACUGAAGAGAAGCCAUUCAAAUGUACCUGGUGUGAUUACAGAUGUAGUGUGCAGAGUAAUCUAACUAGACAUGUCACAACUCACACAGCAGAGAAACCAUUCAAAUGUACCUGGUGUGAAUACGGAUGUAGUAGGCAGAGUCAUCUAACUCAACAUGUCAGAACUCACACAGCAGAGAAACCAUUCAAAUGUACCUGGUGUGAUUACAGAUGUAGUGUGCAGAGUGAUCUAACUAGACAUGUCAGAACUCACACAGGAGAGAAACCAUUCAAAUGUACCUGGUGUGAUUACAGAUGUAGUGUGCAGAGUCAUCUAACUAAACAUGUCAGAACUCACACUGGAGAGAAUCCAUCAAAUGUACCUGGUGUGAUUACAGAUGUAGUAUGUAGUAGGCAGAGUAUUCUAACUAGACAUGUCACAACUCACACAGCAGAGAAACCAUUCAAAUGUACCUGGUGUGAUUACAGAUGUAGUGUGCAGAGUGAUCUAACUCAACAUGUCACAACUCACACAGGAGAGAAACCAUUCAAAUGUACCUGGUGUGAUUACAGAUGUAGUGUGCAGAGUCAUCUAACUAGACAUGUCACAACUCACACAGGAGAGAAACCAUUCAAAUUUAAAUACCUCGAUCAAGGAAAAGAUUUGAAAGAUGAAAAUAACUUCAUACUAUUAUAUGUGCUAGUCCGUUACAUUUGGGAAAUCCAGAUUCUCACAGCUUUGAUUUCUGGGAAUAUUUUGGAAAUUGGAUUCCCAGAUUCCUGUCGAAUAGUGAGAUUUGACAGGAAUUGUCAAAACCUUCUUAAUGAGCUUCACCUGGGAGCACCUGUUGCCAGAUAUGGGUAA